CAAAAGUGCCGCUUCCGCAUUGCUUCCUUGUUUAUUAGUUUAGGAGAAACUAGUGUAGUCUGUGUUUACGAGAGAAAAAGUUUGUUUUCUUUCCUUGGAAACUGCGAGAACUCACUCAGACGUUUUUAGAGUGAGUUGGCUGUUUGGUGUGUGCUGUCGUUGGUCUCCACCUACUUGAGCAGCUCUCCCUGACGAGGAGAAACUCAGCAUCUGAGUUUCACCAGAACAAGCUUGAUUUCAGUGAACAUUCUGAAUGGCCACAGCUGCAGAAGAGCCUCCAGGCUCAGAACUACAGAGCCACAAUGGCAAUUCGACUGGAGCUCGUAAAAAUGCUUAUCCAGAGGGUUCAAGCCCCACCAUGUCUCAGGCCAUGAAAAAGACGAUUGGCCAUCGAGGAAUUGAUCCCAGUGGGGAGACCACAUACAAGAAGACAACCUCAUCAGCCCUCAAAGGUGCUAUCCAGUUAGGCAUCACACACACGGUGGGCAGCUUAAGCCAAAAACCUGAAAGAGAUGUUCUGCUGCAUGACUUUGAAGUGGUGGAAAGCAUCUUCUUCCCAAAUGAGGGCAGCAACUUGACACCAGCACACCACUAUGGAGACUUCAGGUUCAAGACAUAUGCUCCUAUGGCUUUUCGUUACUUUAGAGACUUGUUUGGAAUCCGUCCUGAUGACUACAUGUAUUCUCUGUGUAAUGAGUCGCUGAUUGAGUUGUCAAACUCUGGUGCCAGUGGAUCACUGUUUUACCUCUCAAGUGAUGAUGAAUACAUCAUUAAAACGGUUCAGCACAAAGAGGCAGAAUUUCUGCAAAAACUGCUUCCAGGAUACUAUAUGAACCUGAACCAGAACAAGCGCACUUUACUACCAAAGUUUUAUGGACUCUACUGUGUCCAGGCAGCAGGAAAAAACAUCCGCAUUGUAGUGAUGAACAAUUUGCUGCCAAGUACAGUGCGAAUGCACCUCAAGUUUGAUCUUAAGGGCUCCACCUACAGGCGACGGGCGUCAGCUAAAGAGAGGGAAAAGGCUGUUCCCACAUUCAAGGACCUGGAUUUCUUGCAGGAUAUGGCUGAAGGGCUGUUACUGGAGGGGGACAUGUACAAUGCUGUUUGCAAGACCAUUCAGAGAGACUGUCUGGUCUUGCAGAGUUUCAAGAUAAUGGACUACAGCCUUUUGGUGGGAAUCCACAAUUUAGACCAGGCCUGUCUAGAGCAGCAGAGUGAGGAGGCUAUGGCAGGGGCCAUGGAUCAGAGGAGGCCACAAGGCCAAAAGUCCCUGUACAGAACUGCUAUGGAGGCCAUCCAAGCAGAUACAGCAAGCAUAGGAUCACUGGACACAGAGGACCAAACUGGAGGAAUACCAGCACGAAACUCAAAAGGCGAGAGGCUUCUAGUGUACAUUGGUAUCAUUGACAUUCUGCAAUCCUAUAGACUUGCGAAGAGGCUUGAACACUCGUGGAAAUCACUGGUUCACGACGGGGAUACUGUAUCUGUUCACAGACCAGGUUUUUAUGCAGAGCGGUUUCAGAGGUUCAUGUGUGGUACACUCUUCAGGAAGGUCUCAUUGAAGAACUCACCGUCUAAGAAGCGCCGUGCAAUGGGCCAUGGUCCUGCGAGAAAACCAGCUGGUGCCGGGCCUCCUUUGUUCUCUCAAAUCAGCAGCAGCAGCAGCCAGUAUGCUGUUCUCCAACAUCAAAUCAGCACUGAGACCAGAGACGAAACGGAUGGAGACAAUGUCAUAAAAUCAGGUCGUCCUGACCUGCUCCCUAAGGCCUUACUGCCCAGAAAUGAUGGUGACUCUGCAGAAACCACCACCUCCUUGGAAAAGCCUGGACUCAUUCCCACAUUUCAGCCUGCGCCUCAGUCUCAAGAUACAUCCAAGUCAGUGGGAGUGGAUAUUAACAAAAUGUUGAGUAAACAUAUGGAGAGCAGUGCCUCCAGAAGAGCUCAGUUGGAGGUUCCUAAUGAAAACUUUGGUGCCCAAAAAGCAAUUGUGACGUAGUUCCUCACACAAACAAGAAUGUAUGCAGGAAUGAGACUCAAAUGAACCCAAAUUGAGCUGAGAGGAAAUAUAACCCCCUUCGUGUUACUAGAGGUACCAUAAUUGUUAGUCUCAGCAUGACCAAGUUGGAUUUUUCAUCGUUUUAUAUUAUUGUUAUUUUUGCACUUUGAUUUCCAAAUCUCAACAUGGGAAGAAUAUGUAAAUGGGUGUGUUCUGACACUAUUGAGUGUGGGUGAAUUAAUACUUAGGUUAUUAAAUGCUGUUUGUCAUCCAAUAAUGAUCUUAUGCUCACCACCGAAGAUGGUACAGUGUAGGGAGUAACAUUCAGGGAGAACUUUGCCUUAUUUCAGACCAAAACUUUCCAAUUCAUUCCUGUCUUGUUUCUUCAAUUUUAUGAUCACACAGCUGCAGCACAUCCUAUGCAAGUGUGUCAGGUCAGAAUACUCUAGACACUUUAAAGCUGCAGUAGGCAGGAUCACUGGAAAAUGUUAAUUGUUGAGUUUCACCUGCAGUUUCUUUAAAUAUUCAUGUUUUGUGUCUGAGCUCCUCUCAUCAGAGGCACACAGACAGAUGCACUUGUACCUUGCACAACAGAUGACCCGAUUCAAUUCCCAAAAGUGUCUGCUUAUAUUGUUUUAUUGCGUUUGUCUGUGUCUGAGACUCUUUCCAUUUUAAGGUUUCUUUGCCAUGUAGGCAGUUGUUGCGGGAACCUGUAUGCAGAGUAGGUGAAGUGGUUCAGCCUCUGCUCUUUGAACUGCCCUGCGAUUAGUAAGAGUCUCCUUCCACUCUCUGAACUGUUCUAUGAUUGGUCACUUCCUCCCACAGAAGUGUUCUCUCAUGGUUAUUGUGGAAUUAUUGACCAAAAAGGCCCCCAAGAAAUUUUGCCUACUGCACCUUUAACACAAAAUGAUAUAACACCAUUUUUUAAAAUAUAAAAAUGGUUAGUUUUUCAUAAUGCAAAUAUGUUUUAUAUACACUGUGAUUGCAGUUCUGUAAGCAUACUCUACAUGUAAAUCAUGCUGGAGGAGAGAAAUGAUCCUCAAACUAUGUUUUUUGUUGAACCAUCUGUUCUAAUGGACCUAUACUUUUAAGAGACUGUGAAUCUUAAAUGUGACCUUUUGUGUUCUGGUCAGAGUGUUUUUAUAAAGUUUUUUUUUUUCUUUAAUAUAUAUAUAUAUAUAUGCAAGAUUGUCUAUCAGUUCAUCAGCUUGUGACCAACAAAAUGAUUCUCAGACAUUUGUGAAUAAAGUACCAUAAAAGACACACAGUGACCUGAGGCCUGGGUAAAGUAUCAAAGAGUCCAGGUCUACUUUAUAAUUACCCUGUGGUACUAUCAUUUUUUCCCCCAUUAUAUUUAUGAUAUUGGAAAUGUCAUAAAUAUGCAAGGGUUGACCAGUAUAACCAGCAUUUCACCAUGGCAACAAACUGUAGAAUGGAGCAUGUAACUAGAGCUGUUUCUGGAUGUAAUUCCAAUACAUUGGUUCAGUGUAGUUUUUAAAAAGUCAGUUGUGUUGAUUUAGUGAUGCGCAAUCAGAGAGGAAAAGGGAAAAAGAAAGCAGAAGUGCAGCAUUACAAAUGCCAACUGCAGUAAAAGACAGAAUAGGUGUUGAUGCAGGUAUAUGAUGGAAGGAGUCUGCAGUAUUUAUACAAGUGAGGGUGGAUAAGAACAUAUGUAUUUAAACUGCAUGUAUUAAACUCAUCAACAUUUUAAUGAGGUGAAGCACCAGGGCUCAAAGCCAGUCAGUUUUAGAACUACUUUGUUGUUUGGAUGGUGACUGUUUAUUUGUUGUAUUAUAUGUUACAUUUAACCUUUCAAAAUGUAACAUAUUGUUGGACGUGUAGAAAGUCUUAAUAUUGCUUGUUCUUUUAGUUAAUCUGGGAAAAACGAGUUUUACUCUAAUCAGAUUUUUAUUUGUCCGGCAAAGGUUUAGUAAGAGUUUUACUUUGCUGCUGAAUAUUAGAUCUAUGAAACUGGGUGAUAUCUAUACUUUUUCAUAAUUUACUGUGGUACGCUACUAAAGGUUAAAACUAUGCAUUAAGUCACAUGUUACAUUCCACUCUUGACUUACAGUCUGGAGUAGAAAAUCUGUAUAUUUUCCCAUUGAUUAUGACAUGUUGCCUUAACUGGUUGAUUGUAAUGUAUUCAUCUUCCUGGUGUUUGUAUUCAGGUGCAUUAUGUGUUUACUCGCUUACUUUUUAUAUCCAUGUUAUUGUUCACUUAACUUUUGUUACAUUUUCCAACACUGAGGCAUUUUUGCCCCAUCUCUUUAUUAAAGUCACUGUUGAUUUGUA